CUCAAACGGAAUAAAAACAAACAAGUAUCUCCGUCUUCAGGUGUAAAAAGUGUGAGAUUAUAUUAAUUAUAAGGAGUUGCACGAGGCGAGUCUCAUGCGGCGGUUUGACGGCGCGCGCUCGCAGAAGCUAGUUAACCGGAUGUGGAAGUAGUUUUUUCUCUCGAGUGUAAAAGAGGACUUUUCUGUCUGACUUCCUCCGGAAAACACACGACUUAAUAUCGCACGGUUUCCUGUUUGUCGUCGCGCUUAUUGUUUCUGUUUCUGGGGGACGUGUUUUUACCGGUUGUGUCGGUAAAUACCGGGAGAGGAGACGCGGCACGUGGUGGACUCUCUUUCUGCCCGUGGAGGCGCGUAAGAUGGCUCCUCGGCCGCGGGGAGGAAAGCUCGUCCCGCUCCGCUGAGUCUCAUGUUAAGACACGGGUUCCAUUACCGGACUAGCUUAGCUAGCUUCGGCUACUUCCCCAUUAAAGGAAACCAUUGUUCCCAGUUUAACACAUCGACAAGCCCAUGGAGGCCAUCCAGUACUGUAAAAUUCUGUGGUACAAGUACUAAUACCAUACUGUAAAAUACUGUGGUACAAGUACUAAUACCACACUAAUAUACUGUGGUACAAGUACUAAUACCACACUGUAAAAUACUCUAUUUAAAGUACCACACUAAGUUGAAUGUCGCUGGUGGACCUCGGGAAGCGUCUGCUGGAGGCGGCACGGAAAGGCCAAGACGAUGAGGUCAGGAACCUGAUGGCCAACGGAGCGCCGUUCACCACCGACUGGCUGGGGACGUCCCCGCUCCACCUGGCCGCCCAGCACGGCCAUUACUCCACCGCCGACGUGCUGCUGCGAGCCGGCGUCAGCAGAGACGCCCGCACCAAAGUGGACCGGACGCCGCUGCACAUGGCGGCCGCCGAGGGCCACACGGUCAUCGUGGAGCUGCUGGUCCGGAGCGGCGCCGACAUCAACGCCAAAGACAUGCUGAAGAUGACGGCGCUGCACUGGGCGGCGCAGCACGCUCACCACGCCGUCGCCGAGACGCUCAUCAAGCACGGCGCCGACGUGCACGCGCUCAGCAAGUUUGACAAGACGCCGUUCGACAUCGCCGUCGACGUGCAGAACACCGAGCUGAUGCUGAUGCUGCAGGAGGGCAUGCAGAACCAGGUGAACAUGAACCAGGUGAGCAUGAACGUGGAGACCAGCACCGCCACCAACCAGCCGCAGUUCAUCAUCCAGGGGAUCCCCGGCAUCCAGGGGGGCGUGGUCAACCUGGCUGAGCUCCUCAACAAAGCCAACGCAGGCGACUCGGAGGAGGCCAUGGCCGCCAGCGCCUUGGACUCCAGCAUCCAGCACGCCACCGUGGUCAACGAGGGGGGUCAGAGGGUCAUCACCAUAGUGACGGACCAGCAUGGGAACCUGCAGACCACGGGGGGCAUGGCCCCGCCCUUCUUCGUCACCAUGCAGCACGGGCAGCAGAUGCUGGCGGUGCCGGCCAACACUGUGACGGAGGAGGUGGUGACGGAGGAGCCUCAGGCUCCGCCCACCAGGAAGAGGAAGCUGGAGGCCAUCAACAACCACAGCGACGUUGGAGAGACGGAGCUGCUGCAGAGACAGCUGCAUGAGGCGAACAGGAAGGCCCAGGAGUACCGGCAGCAGCUGCUGCGUAAGGAGCAGGAGGCGGAGGAGUACCGCGUGAGGCUGGAGGCCAUGUCUCAGACUCAGGCCAACGCCGCCGCCAUCAGCGCCGCCGCCAACGCCGCGAGCCCCGAGGAGGUCGUGGGGGGGGAGGAGGACGAGGAGGAGGCGGCGGCCGGCAUGGUGGAGGAGGAGGGGGAGAUGGUGGUGCUGCAGGAGGGGGGCAUCAUCAUGGAGGGGGAGGAGGGUCAGGUGACCCUGGUGGAGACGGGAGGGGAGACGACGGAGGUCAGCUCCUAACAGGCGGGAGGAGUUCAAGUGGGCACCAUUUUGAAUCCCCAACAGACACCAGGAGGAAAGAAGUGGCUCACCAGGACCAUCGAAAACAGACUCAACCGGAGUUUGAUCGAACACUAUUUUGAAUCCCCAAAAGAUUUGAUGAUAACACUUCAGAAAGGGAACCAAAAUGGCUUCUCCAAAAGGACAACACGGUAGGAAGAGGGACUGAAAUCAGACUACACCAACGUGAUGGAGGAGUUAAGUCGUGCGCCAUUUUGGGUUCCCACUCUAUCUGAAUGCCUUAAACGGGAUGCAAAAUGGCUGCUGCAGAAGGGAAUGAAGCUGAAUGAUGAAGAUGGAGACCGACCGAGGAGGAAAAGAAUCAACUAAAUGAAAAUAACAACAUUGUUCUUUGAAGUCUUGGCUUUAACGCACCAUCUUGCUUCCCCAGGCGACCCUGAGUGAACUAAACCUGAUACUUAUACAGCAGGAACUAAAAUGUAGUUUAACUCUUUCCUCCAGUUGUUCUUUUCUGGGGGAACACAGAUGGUUGAACCAUUUAUAUCUCUUUUUAUAUCCGUUGUUCAUUUUGUGUCCGCGGGUUGUCCGUCUGAUGCCCUCACAACGCUGACGUCUUGAUACUUUGGGGCCACGUUAAAACUUUGAAUCCCUGCUACUCAAACCUCGUAGCUUGCACCAUUUUGCUUCCCCAAAAGAGUACAGACAAAGCGAACGUCUCUUCCAGGAUUCUCUGGACACUAAAAGAAGUGCUUUCCUACUUUUCCGUGUCAUGUUUUCGUUGUUUAGAACUGGUUUUGUUUUCGGAUCUGAUGUCAUCAUGUUAAAGAACAAACAAAAGGGGACGGGGACGCCAAACGGAGCUUCUCAACCAGACGAUUGAUGUUUGAACAUAGAAAAACUGGCCUGAACCAGAUCCAUCGAGCUGACACUUGUGAUUGUUUUCAUUAGUUGAGUCUUGGUUUCCAAUGUUCCUUAAAGAACCUGCGGCUCGAUGGUUUUGAGCGUUUCUGAUAAAAAUAUCAACAUUAAUUGGUAAUCAAUGAGUUAGUGAUGGUUUAAUGCAGUCUGGGGACGUCCUUUUAAAGUUGAUUCUGCCCAUUUUUAUCCAUUUAAUUACACAUUUACAUUCCUGUUGGGACUCCGCUUCCUUCCAGCUUCAGCUUCUGCCUGAGAGGAAGCAACCGGGUUAUUGAUCACUUCCUGUCAGCUGAUCCACCCGCCUCCUUUCCGAUCAUUUGAGUUGAGUACCAUAGUUAUUUUUAUAAGCUCAGCAAAGCCAACCUUUUUCUAUGUACAUAUAAAGUUGUAUUUUUGUAACUGUACCUGAAUGCUUCACCGUGAUGAUGAUGAUGAUGAUGAUGGCUACAUUGGUAAUCUGAAAUAUAAACACUUGCUUUUUUUGAA